UCGACGUCGGCGGAAGUUCGAGCUGUGUGACCGUAGUCGUGACGUUUCCGUUACGCGAUGAGAACGAAGUGAUCGUCGGACGUUCGCCGUUAGUGAUGCGAAUUCGCGAGUCAUCGGAAGCGUCGAGUGCGUUGUAAUGUGAUAUGUCUCCGUUCGGGGCGUUGGUGGCCUUCGUCCUGCUCCACUUGGGGCUGCCCGGUGGAGUGUCCCAGACUCCCAUAUCCCUGAUGGUGAGGAGGGACUGGAGGCUGCCGGCCGAUCAUCCCGUUGGAGGCGUGGUGGAGCGAGCGCAAGUGAUAGGCGGGGACCGGGACUCGAUCGUCGUCUUCGACCUCACGCCGGGCUCCUUCAAGAACGGGGUCCACCUCUUCCGCAUCGACCCCAAGUCGGGGGUGAUCUACCUCAAUAACUCCCUCCACGACAAGGCCGGAGAGCAGUACAGCCUGUACGUGGUAGCGAGCGAGGGCAAGGUGACGGCGAAGACGGAGAUCCGCGUGGUGGUGGACCAGCCGUACGGGAAUGGGGGCGGGGGGCCCAUCCGGGGUCCGUUCUUCCCCGGCGCCCACCCCCACUUCCCCCCGCAUCGCCCGCCCUCCACGCCGACCACAACUACCGACGACGACCAGGAAGAGGACUCUGACGAGGAUCCGACCCGUACGAGUUCCGCGGCGGUGCCCACCCCGCCGCUCGAUUCGCCGGUGGUGAACAACCCGCCCAGCGGUCACUCCUCCACGUUGUCUUCCACUCAGUCCUCCGCGUCGUCUUCCACUCAGUCCUCCGCGUCGUCUUCCACUCCGUCAUCCUCCUCCGCGAACCUGGGGAUCGCGACGGGGGAGGGUCAGAAGGUCGGCGCGGGGGACCUCACCCUCACCAUCGUCCCCAUCAUCGUGGUGGUCGGGACUGCGCCGUUGCUCGCCCUCGCCGCCUGGCUCCUCAGGAGGAAGAUCAUCUCCAGGAGGAAGAAGAAGAAGGGCGAGGGGUCCGUCCGGUUCCAUCUCGACGAAUUCCAGGUGAGCCAAAAGAGAAUUUUGCUCUUCCAACAUCAAUCCCUCCACGAUUUCCCCCUUGCAUCGAAAACGGGCCAGUCAUCGAUGUCACUCUGCCUCGGCGUGACUCGGGUCGACAGCGCCUUCAUGCGAAGAGUCACGUCUCUUGACGGAGUUACACGCUUAGCGGGCCUGGUCAUUUCCCAGUUGAAGGCCCCUCUGACGUUUCCAAAGAGAAAGAUGAAAAACUUGUUUCCCCCCGACACGUUCCAGUUCCUUAUGCACCAGCUGGCUGCUUCCUUUCGUCGAGAAGUGCUUCGACUGCUGCUGAAAGAGGAGGUGAAGGGAGAGAGCAACAGCCUGGACACGCUGGAUGGGAGCGGCCCCUCGAACGAGGCGUCCGCGCCCCCCACCGCCUUGCUUAACUGGCAGCGGGCGCUGUCCAAUCGCUACGAGUCGGCUGAUCCGACCGGACCCCCGUUGGAUGCUGACAGGAAGUGGGAGUUCCCCAGGCAUCACCUGCGAAUCAUGGGGAUCCUCGGCGAGGGGUGCUUCGGCCAGGUGUGGAAGUGCGAGGCCCUUAACAUCAACAACGAAGAGGGGACCCAGCUGGUGGCGGUGAAGACGCUUAAGGAGAACGCCGGGGAGCGGGAGAAGAAGGACCUGCUGUCCGAGCUGAGCGUGAUGAAGAUGUUCAAGCCGCAUCCCAACGUCGUCACUCUUCUCGGCUGCUGCACCGAGAGAGACCCCCUGUUUGUGAUCAUGGAGUACGUGCCACACGGGAAGCUGCAGAGCUACCUGAGGGCCAGCAGGGCCGAGCACUACUAUGGGAACCUCCACGGACGAUCCUCGCAUCUGACCUCGCAGGAUCUCACGUCGUUCACCUUCCAAGUCGCAAGGGGCAUGGAGUAUCUCUCCUCCAAAGGGAUCAUUCACCGAGACCUCGCAGCUCGGAACAUUUUGGUGGGAGAGGGCAAGACGUGCAAGGUGGCGGACUUCGGCUUCGCUCGGGACGUGGUGGGUCAAGACGUCUACGAGCGGAAGACGGAGGGGCGCCUCCCCAUCCGCUGGAUGGCACCGGAGUCCCUCUACGACAACAUCUUCACGACCAAGACGGACGUGUGGGGCUUUGGGGUCCUCAUGUGGGAGAUCGUCACUCUCGGUUCAACACCAUAUCCGGGCAUGGCAGCAGGGGAGGUGAUGCGCCGUGUGCGUGACGGCUACCGCCUUGAGAAGCCCGAGCAUUGUCGCAGGGAGAUCUACAACAUCAUGUACUAUUGCUGGGAUCGGGACCCCAGAGAGCGACCCACCUUCUCCGAACUGGUGCAAUUACUCGAGCAGUUACUGCUGUCUGAUACAGACUACAUCGAGCUGGACCGAUUCCCCGACCAUGCAUACUACAACAUCCUUUCCAAUCUGAGCGGAGAGAAACUCCAUAAUUCUGCCCUCUCCAAGUCAUCCCCAAACACAUCCAGGGCUUUUCGACAGUUGGCAAACGAGUACCCGGUGUUUUUGCGGAGUCUUGAUAAGAGAGAUGCAUCUACCUUGGCUGGAGAUGCCUUGGCCAGGAAUAUCCAAUUAGAGUUCUUGAAGGUCACAAUUGGGUUUGAUUUUCAGUACAAAGACAAUGAGGAAGUUGUGUUAUGGAUGAACACAGUGGGUCCAUAUCACAAUCGACAAGAGACGUAUGCGUAUUUCUCCUUGCCGUUCUGUCCUGGGCCGAAGGAGACCAUCAGUCAUUACCAUGAGACUCUGGGUGAAGCUCUCAUUGGGGUGGAGUUGGAGUUCUCAGGUUUGGACAUUGAAUACAAGGUGAAUGUGCCGAAGACACGCUAUUGUGAGGUGACCAUGACUGAAGAACACCUGAAGGCAUUCAUUUAUGCAGUCAAGAAUCAUUAUUGGUAUCAGAUGUACAUAGAUGACCUUCCCAUCUGGGGGAUUGUGGGAGAUGUGGAUGAAUCCAACAAGGAAUAUUACCUGUGGACUCACAAACGCCUAGAGAUAGGCUACAACAAUGACCAGAUUGUGGAUGUGAAUCUGACAUCUGAAAACAAGGUGAAGCUUGCCCUGGGUGCUGCCAUCCCCUUCACAUAUGAGGUGACAUGGAAGCCCAGCACCGUCCCAUUCAAGGACAGGUUUGACAAGUACUUGGACCCCACCUUCUUCCAACAUCGGAUCCAUUGGUUCAGCAUUUUCAACUCCUUCAUGAUGGUGAUUUUCCUGGUGGGUCUGGUGUCCAUGAUUCUCAUGCGGACGCUACGAAAGGACUACGCUCGCUAUUCCAAGGAUGAGCACGACCUUGAUGACAUGGAGCGAGACUUGGGAGAUGAGUAUGGGUGGAAGCAGGUUCAUGGGGAUGUAUUUCGUCCUCCGUCUCAUCCCCUCCUCUUUUCUGCUCUUGUUGGUUCUGGAUACCAGGUCUUCACUGUCACACUUCUUGUGAUCCUCUUUGCCAUCAUUGGAGACCUUUACACUGAGAGGGGAUCAGUACUGAGUACAGCAAUCUUUGUGUAUGCGGCAACGUCUGCAAUCAAUGGAUACGCUGGGGGUGGACUGUACUCCAGGAUGGGGGGAAAGCAGUGGAUCCGCCAGAUGCUCGUUUCGGCAUUUCUUAUACCCUUUGCCUUGUGCGGGACUGCCUUUGUCAUCAACUUCAUCGCCAUGGCAUACCAUGCUUCUCGGGCUAUCCCCUUCACCACCAUGUUGGCUGUGUCGAGUAUUUGCCUGUUUGUGGUGCUCCCAUUGACCUUGGUUGGGACGGUGCUGGGGAGGAACCUGAGCGGUCAGCCGGAUUACCCGUGUCGCGUGAACGCUGUUCCACGCCCCAUUCCCGAGAAGAAGUGGUUCAUGGAGCCGCCCAUCAUUGUCAUGGUCGGUGGGAUCCUUCCCUUUGGAUCCAUCUUCAUUGAAGUGUACUUCAUCUUCACAUCAUUUUGGGCCUACAAGAUCUACUACGUGUAUGGCUUCAUGCUCCUCGUAUUCGUCAUCUUGGUCAUUGUCACUGUGUGCAUCACCAUCGUCUGCACCUAUUUCCUCCUGAAUGCUGAGGACUAUCGCUGGCAGUGGACGAGCUUUUUGGCUGGAGCCUCCACAUCAACCUACGUCUAUAUCUAUUCCUUCUAUUACUUCAUCUUCAAGACCAAGAUGUAUGGACUGUUCCAGACAGUCUUCUAUUUUGGGUAUAUGGCCCUAUUCAGCCUGGCACUGGGGAUCAUGUGCGGGACGGUCGGAUUCAUCGGGACGUCCUACUUCGUCCGCAAGAUCUAUUCCACCGUCAAGAUCGACUAAAUCCAGUCGGGUGUGCUCAAAGAACUCGAGAGUGACUCGCUCUUCUCUUCGAUGCUGUGUGGAAACAUGGACCCCCGGAAAAAAGAGAUGGAAAGAAACAAAUUUUUAUCGCUCCUUAUGAAGAGGAACAAAAAUUAUUUCACUAAGUUAUGCCUAUUAUGUUAUGAUUUUUGCUUUUGCACACGUGUGAAUUGGCAAUUGUGACCCUGCAUCCUGAUGCAGAAAACUCCUAUGGUUCACAGGGAAAACGUGUAGAUACGUUUCAAAUGUCGGGCUUGCACACGUGGGUGAAAUUUGGUUAGUGACAAGAAUGCCAAACUGGUGGUUCGUUCUCUUUGUUGUCUAUCUCCAUUUGGAUUUUUGUUGCCUUUGAUAUCAUUCAUGAUGCCCCAUCACUGUGAUUAUUUUGGUGUUUUUGUCCUGCAUAAAGGGACGUUCUUCCCCCAAAGGAUUAAAUCAAGA